CGAUAUAAAAGAUCUGCACGUGUUCUGUACCUUCAGUGAGACUUAAGCUAUUGUUCGUUGUUCGUUAAAAGUUAAUUUGUUUAUAUUUAAAUUUUAUCGAUCGUUUUAAUUAAAAUAUCAAAGAUUUAUUAUAAUUUUUAUAAACCAUCAAAGAUCUUUGACAUGAUGUUAGGUGUUUCUUGUACUAGCAUUGGAGUAGCUCUUGUUCUACUAUUGGUAAUGAUAUGUACCCUAAAUGAGAGCUUUAGAUACAGAGCGAAAUUUUUAAUUUUUGGAUUAGAAUCUCUAUUCUUUACAAUCAUUUGUUUACCAUUUAUGUUCUUCAAUAUCGGAUCUUGGAAGAAUGCGUUAGUACCUGCUUGGCUUUUGAGUAAAUCAACUAAUAAAGUAUUAGGAAUUAAGUUCGAGGUACGUGGAAAAGAAAAUAUUAUUCAUGAUUCUGGUUGUAUUGUUUUGAUAAAUCAUCAGAGUAUGUUGGAUUUGGGAGUAUUGGCACAAUUGUGGUUAGUUAUGGAGAGAUGCACCGUUAUAUCUAAGAAAGAGAUUUUAUAUUUUGGACCAUUCGGUCUUGCUGCUUGGCUAUGGGGUACAAUUUUUAUCGAUAGAGGAAAUGUUGAAGAAUCUCGUAAGGUUGUAAAUUCAACGUGUGAAUAUAUACGAGAAUCUAAAAUGAAAGUUUUAUUUUUCCCAGAAGGAAAACGACAUAGCGAUAAUACAUUGUUACCUUUCAAAAAAGGAGCUUUCCAUUUAGCUAUAACAUCGCAAGUGCCGAUUCUACCGGUUAUCGUAUCGAAAUAUUUCUUCUUAAAUAGUAAAUCAAAGAGAUUUGGUUCUGGUACUAGCUAUAUUACAAUUUUACCUCCAAUUCCUACGAAAGGCUUGACCAAAGACAAUAUGCAGGAGUUGAUGGAUAAAUCGUACGAAGCUAUGAAUACGGUAUUUGUACAAACAUCACAAGAAACUCUUACAAAACACAUGGAAAGUUUAAAAAAUGAUUAACAUCUAUUUCUAAUUUUCUAUACGUUAUAUGUACAUAUGCAAUUGAUUGCAUAACGGGAACACAUCUAAAGGUUCCUCGGUAUAUUAAUUCUUAUGUUAAUAAUCUCUUCUAAUAGCGUAAAAGAAAUAAUAGAAUUAAUUAUGAAAAAAUCUACUAUCGAACAAUGUACCUGCACAAGAGACCGUUUGUUCCUUUAUUUUUUCUGUUAUACAAAUUAAUUGUUAAUAAAUUCUUUAUUUAGAAAAAAAAAAAUUUCUAUACUAUAGGAAACGUGUAUUAGAGGUAAUUACGAUAUUAAUUUCUAUAUCUAUUGGCAAAUUUAUAAAAUUGUUGAAUGAAAAAAAUUUGCAAAAGAUGUUCAAGCUUUUCUGUUUGCAAAGAUCGAAAUGUUGCUUAUCUUAAUAAUUUUCUCAUUGGUUAAGAAAUAUGAAAUAAUUUAAUUUUGAAUUUCAUAUGUAAAGUUAUACGCUUAAAAACGGUUAGCACAUUAAAGGGGGAAUUUAUCUAUCGAUCCGUCUUCUUUAAAUAGACUUAUCAUAUUAUGGUGUUAUUAUUACAAUCUAUCGGUUAAAGUAGUGAGAGCGUUAAUAAUAUGCCUUGAAUAUGAAUUUUGAUAUUUAUAAAAGAUUCUAUUAUUCGUUUGAAGAAUAUUUAAUAUUAGAAGGUAUAUCGAGUAAGUCUUGAAAUAUCAAUGAUGUUUAAAGUAGACAAAAAUUAAAAAAAAAAAACGGCUAUUUUAUACGUCCGUAUUAAAUAUCAUUUAUUUCGUAUAUUAUACAAUUGUCGUCAGUCAGUGUCGCAUAUUCCUAAUGGACCAGCUUUCCAAAAUUUCAUAAUACAACAUUUUUUCCUUAGCAGGUGUUACGUACAUACGUACGUACAUGUAAUACUAUUAAUUCAAUUGACUAUGUACACAAUCAUACCAUUUUGACGCUUUUUUACUUAUUUAAUGAAUCUUAUUCGGUAACGCACGACAAUUUAUUUGGCGUUUUUACUUGUCCUUAUAUAUGUGCUAUAUAUAUAUAUAUAUAUAUAUAUAUAUAUAUAUAUAUAUAUAUAUAUAUGCACGUGCAACAUACGUACAAACACUCGUCCCCUCCAAUACAAAAAAAAAAAAAAACACACAUACAGAUACAACAGCCGCCACGAAUUAAUAUCAAGAUAUAACAAUAACAAAUAAAAAAUACAUACAAACUGUCAACGUUGUGCGUACUGUAAAAAAAAAAAAAAAAAAAAAAUUAAUAAGACUAAAGUUCAAGUAUAUCUAAAAUUAAUCUAUUAUGUAUCACACCGCCGUUGAAUUUGUUCUAAAUUCGUUGUUUCUAUACAAAUUAUCUAAAUUAUUUUAUCUUAAUCGAAACUUAAAAGAAUUACUAAAAUGGCAUCGAUAUGAAGUUUCAAAUUAAAUAAAUUAGUACGGGAUGGAAAAAACGGAAAGAGAGUAGUAUUUUCAUGGUUGAAGUUCUAUUUCGACAAUAAAUGUGUUUUGGAAUGCUGCUGGUGCUCACUUUUCUUCUCUAUUUAUUAUUCUUCAUAGCACCAAAGGAAGAAAAUCUUCCUAAAAACACGAUUCUAAUAUCGAGGUAAUCGAGG